AUGGUGUUGAUAAUGAAUAAUUCAAACGGAAAUCAAAAUACAGAACAAAUUGCAAUGGUCGUAGGUUCACCCGGUGGGAUGUCGGUUGCUUCUGAUGAUGACGACAACUGUCCGUCAUCACCAGGGUCGGCUUAUGACGAAGGAUCCGAUCUUAUGGCUGCCGCCAUGGGAGAUGAAGUUACCGCACAACUUGCUGCUGCAGGACCAGUAGGGGUAGCAGCAGCAGCUGCCAUUGUUUCAUCGAAAAAAAGAAAGAGGCCACAUUCUUUCGAGACCAAUCCAUCGAUCCGAAAGCGGCAACAAAAUAGACUGCUAAGAAAAUUACGACAAACAAUUGACGAAUUUGCAACUAGAGUUGGUCAACAAGCCAUAGUACUAGUUGCUACACCUGGAAAACCAAAUACUAGUUAUAAGGUCUUCGGGGCCAAACCUCUAGAAGACGUAAUUAAGAACCUUAGGGGUAUGAUAAUGGACGAAUUGGACACUGCUCUUGCAACUCAAGCACCGCCACCGAUUCAAGAAGAUCCUACACUUUUCGAACUACCUCCACUGAUAAUUGAUGGAAUUCCAACACCAGUGGAAAAAAUGACCCAAGCACAGUUGCGAGCAUUUAUUCCUUUAAUGCUUAAAUACUCAACAGGAAGGGGAAAACCCGGUUGGGGCAGAGAAUCGACGAGACCACCGUGGUGGCCGAAAGAGUUACCUUGGGCAAAUGUCAGAAUGGACGCUAGAAGCGAGGAUGAAAAACAAAAGAUAUCUUGGACACACGCUCUCCGGCAGAUUGUUAUAAACUGUUACAAGUUCCAUGGUAGAGAAGACCUCCUUCCUGCCUUCACAGAAGAAGAUGAAAAAGCCAACCAGGCGGCAACUGCCAAUGCAAAUAUUACUACGCAGUAUACACCAGCAGUACUUCAUACUAUUACCAACCCAGAUGGCACAGUCAGUAUCGUACAAGUUGAUCCUAAUAACCCCAUCAUCACGUUACCAGACGGUACUACUGCCCAUGUCCAGGGAAUGGCAACGGGUGAUGGAAACCAGGUUCACGCCAUUCAAACAAUUACAGAAGGUGGUGCCGCGGGUGAAGUAGUUGACCUUAAUUCUGUAACGGAAGCCACCUUAAAUUCCGAAGGGCAGAUUAUUUUGACAGCAGAAGAUGGACAUGGUAAGUUUUUAAACUUUUGGUCAAGAGACAUACUAAAAGUAAACAAUUCUACAGUUAGCGGCGUCAUCACCGUACCUGUCACAGCGUACCACUCGAUGGUGGCCAAUAUCCAGGCUCUUCACGCAAGUAGUGAUGGUACUGUUUGUGUUGCUCCUGUUGUUCAAGUACCAAAAGUGGAACCCAAUUCAAGUGACAAUAUGGACACUUUAACAGUUACCCCCAAUGGUAUUACAACCCAUUCCAUGAUGAUUCAGGGAUCGGCAGGCGAGGCUCCACAGGUACUUCAGGUUUUAUCUCUUAAGGAUGCAACAGUGUUGACGAAGGCAAUGCAAGGCUUGGCCGAUGUUAAAACCGAAGAAACUAUUAUAACGGACCAAUAG